AAUUAAAUCCUCAGAUUACCUUUUUCAAACUAGCCGUUAACUUCGAUCUUCCUUACUCAUCUCUCUCUUUUCCAUGGCUACCUCGUUGGAGACACCCUCUUCUCCUCUUUGCCUCCACCAUAACCAGGAGGGCACUAUGGGUUCUUCUCCUCUGUUCAGCCCCUCCUCUGAUAAACGUUUCUGGAGCAAUCUCAGGAGCAGAAUCGACACGCUUCUUGAUGCUUCUCAACCCAAAACCUCAACUCACUCUCCUCCUACGAUUGUGCGAGGCAACAACCGAUUGAAGGAAGAUUCUAUGUUACUGAUGAGAGGGUUUGACUCAGUUGCUCACACACUCUCUCUCUUGUCUAACAAUUUGGACAAUGCCCUACAGGGUGCCAGAGAAUUGGCCAAUCCACCCACGUUAACUGACAUAUUUCACAGCAAAAUCGAUAAGGUAGAAAACAAAGAGGAUUCGGGAGAGAAACAGAAGGAGUCGAAGCAAGGAAUGAAAAGGAAACUUGAUAGCAAUGAUGUCUCUGAAGAAAAUGCCCUUGACUCACAAAAGGAGGAUGGGAAAAAAGUGAUGGAUAGGAACAUGAAGAAAGCAAAAAAUCUUGCAGUUUCAAUGGCAACGAAAGCAGCUUCACUAGCAAGGGAAUUGAAGUCUCUUAAAUCAGAUCUAUGUUUUAUGCAAGAGAGGUGUGGUUUGCUUGAAGAGGAGAACAGGAGACUUCGUGAUGGAUUUGCAAAAGGAGUUAGACCUGAAGAAGAUGAUCUGGUGAGGCUUCAGCUGGAAGCACUUCUUGCUGAGAAGUCCAGACUGGCCAAUGAAAAUGCAAACCUGGUCAGAGAAAAUCAAUGCCUUCAUCAGCUUGUGGAGUACCACCAACUUGCCUCUCAGGAUCUCUCUGAGUCUUAUGAGGAUGCUAUCCAGGGAAUGUACUUAGAUUUCUCGUCUCCGCCGCCAACAAUUGCUGAAGAGACAAGGGAUGAAGAUGGUGAUGAUGAUGAAAAUAGAGAACCACACACACCCAGGAACGAUAUCUGCAAAUUUUCUGCCUCACUUGAUGAUGGAGAAGAGUAAGCCAAAGUAUUAGGCACCAUCAUAACACCCCAUGUAAUGAUGCUGCAAAUAUUCCUCACUUACACCAAAAAUAAAUUACUUUCUGAUAUAAAUAUGGUGCCCACUACUGUUCAUAAUUAUUUAUUUAUGCUCGAAAUAAUGUGAUAAUCACUCUUGAAAUAAUGAAUUAUGAAUCAAACUCUAACUAGUAAAUAUAACUAUUUACCAUAUAUAUGCUCCCUCUUUUCGGCUUGAGGGUUUCUUUGAUUGAUUUAAAAGUAGUACUGAUAAUCUAAGUGAUGGAAAAUGGACCAAGGGAAAGAAGUAACAGAUUGUAAAUACCAAGAGCCAACAGCUGCAACAGUCACUUGACAGCCGGAAACAGAUUGUAUAUCAUUUGCUUUGUUAAUUGAUUUCAUUUAAACACAUCCAUGCUGUCCAUGCGAUCUGAGCUACUUAAUAUAGUGUUUGGCAAUGUGCACAGUUGCAACACAU